AGACGUGUAUAGUUACCGAAAGUGACGCUUUCUGAAAGUGCCUUUUUUUAAAAUAUAGCUAUUCGAUUAAGUGUAUUGUUCGGUUUUUGCCAGUAGGUGGCGAGCGUCAUUGGGUGGUCCUGUCAGACGAAGAAGAAGAAGCGUGGUGACGUCAGUGGAGGGGCUAACUUAGCCGCAGUCGUCAGUGAGUGGCUGGAAAGUAUCCUCGAUUUUAAAGGAAUACGGGGAGAUCUGGAAACAUCGCUGAAAGGCCCAUAUCGAGGGUUGGACGAGGGAAGCCUGACACCUCGCAUUUGCCGAUACUUGUGAAGGGCUAGCGUUAGCUGGCUAGCUGCCUGUCAUGUCUGCGGCCGGAGACUUCGGGAACCCUUUAAGGAAAUUUAAACUCGUCUUUCUCGGGGAGCAAAGUGUGGGAAAGACUUCUCUGAUCACCAGGUUCAUGUACGACAGCUUCGACAACACCUACCAGGCCACGAUAGGAAUAGACUUCCUCUCAAAAACCAUGUACCUGGAAGACAGAACGAUCCGGUUGCAGCUGUGGGACACGGCAGGUCAGGAACGGUUUCGUAGCCUCAUCCCGAGUUACAUCCGAGAUUCUGCAGCCGCCGUCGUCGUUUACGACAUCACCAACGUCAACUCCUUCCAGCAAACGACAAAAUGGAUUGAUGAUGUGAGAACAGAAAGAGGAAGUGAUGUCAUCAUCAUGCUGGUGGGAAACAAGACAGACCUUGCGGAUAAAAGGCAGGUUUCUAUUGAGGAGGGGGAGCGGAAAGCCAAAGAACUUAAUGUAAUGUUUAUUGAGACUAGUGCGAAGGCAGGCUACAACGUGAAGCAGCUUUUCCGCCGUGUGGCAGCGGCUCUGCCUGGCAUGGACGCCACGCAGGACAACAGCCAGAAGCUGACUCACAUCCAACUGACUCCGCCCCCUGAGCAACCCGUGACUGAAGGCGGCUGUUCCUGCUAGUGUCGGCCGCCGAGCGACUCGUUGGUCUUCCCGCAUCCAGACCUCCAUCACGGUCGCGUUCACACACUACAUUUCCCGUCAUCGUAGACCUGGAAAUCUCUCUGUCACAUUUCCACUGUAACACACCUGCAUGGAAGCGACCGGUGGAAUCUCUACCAAGCACAAUCUGGAUUCUGUGCAAUCUCUCUUCAAAAUAGUGUGUUAGGCGAGGAGCUCAUGUUUACUGAUGUUUAGAUACAGCACGUGGAAGUUAUUCUAGCAUAUUAUCACUUACAUAUGAUUGUUUUAUACUGAAUAUUUUCUCACCUGAGAUAACAGCACACACUCGUACUCGUUGUUUAUACGUCUGAGAGCUUUCCACGCGGGUUUUUUCAGUUUACUUUAAUAUUGGCAUCUCAAUUUUAUCCGUUCUAAAACUGACAAGUUUUUGCUUGACCUCUUGCUACGUCCAUAUCGAUCAACGUAAAAGGAAACGGCGAAGCUAACGGUACUGCCUCAUCCAGCAGUUGGGUUUUGGGAGGCAGCGAGAGUUGCUCUGCCGAGGGUGGACUGGGCCAGUAGCUUCUGCUCUCAAUGAGACAGACGUCUGAGCUGUUUGUCACGAAACGUCGAGAAGCACUGCUUUAACUUUAACUGGAAAAAAAACCUGUCUCUGACCUGUUUCUCUGGGGUUCGUGUGCUUUUAUUGUGUCAUGAUUCCGGCAGGAAAUGGUCCUGACAACUCAGCUUCCUGCCGGAGCGCAGGAUCCCCUGCUCACUUAAAAAGGGUCGUUAAUUGAGCUCAUUUCUCUCCCCCGCUCUUUUGUGUGAAAUCAAGCUGAGCACAUUACACUUUCACUGCAUGUUUUACUUUUUUAAAUUUCUAUAGAGUUUGCACAGAUGCUUUUUCUAAAGAUUAUGAAAUAGAUCAACAUCAAAGGUUAUGAUGGUUAGACCAGUCUGGAGUGUUAGAUUUGAAAAUCCAGUUUCUGCCUUUCAGGGGGGGAUUUUAUAGAGGCAUUCUUCCGUUGCGUGUGGUAUUCUAAACACUGAGAAAGGAAAUCUGCAGCUUUGCUCUCAUGUCUGUCGUCGAGCUGUCGUCAGUGAUUUCUUUGAUCCGGCUUGAGUUGUAAUAUUUAUAUACGUUGGAUUCCACAGCCUUUCGUACGACUCCAGGCCCCGCACUUGUCGUGUAACCCACGAGUUGCUGAUCAAUCGUGCUUCCAUCUGGACAGAACCUGUAGACCCUUCCUGUCUGAAGACAGGCUUUGAUUUCUGUGUCAGUUUUUCUUGGGAAUGAUUUAAAUUAAAUAAUAAAAAAAUACACUUGCGGCUGCUGAGUUUUGUGUCG